UUCGUAUUCAAAAAAAAGUAAUCCAUAAUGAGAGUCGUUACAAGCACUGAUCAAGAAAACGCUUCUAAAUAUGCCAUGAAAGGAUUUGCCAUAGGCGCUGCUCAAUGGGCUGGUGUCGGUCUCUUUGCUUCAGGAUUGAUGUAUGCUUUCCUGCCUUGGUAUCGCAGAACUCAGACAGUUAACAAAUUUUACAUCGUCAUGUGUUUUGGUCUUGGUGGAGGUGCUUAUAAAUCUGAUAGAUAUAUGGUAAACUAUGAACGUAGAGGUCGAGCUCAAACUUUGGAUGAAGAGACAAAGAAGAGAUACGAAUUGAUUUAUGGAGAAGCAGCUGAAGCACAAAAUACUGCUUAAAUCGUUAUGUAUAAAUUAUAAUAGAUGAAAACUACAAUGCUUGUACAGUUGCCGUUAUGGCAUGGCUCUUGUAAAGUGCUGGGUUUCGUUAUUAUUAUACCUUGUAAAUUAAAGAAGUCAUAUUGUCUUCACUUUUAUAUAUUACCUCACAAGCGCGUCAUAACAGCCUGUUGAAUUAGUCUUCUCCACUCUGUUUUAUCAUACUGUUACUGUCACGAUACAACAUACUGAGAGGGUAU